AGGUGAUCCUAGCUGGUCGGUCAUAUGCGUACAACUAGCGGCUUGCCCCUCGUAUUCCUUCUGCUUUCUCUUGUGUUGGCCGGAUUCUGGGCUCCUGCUGCCUCCUUCCUCGUUCCGGCCCUUCCCUCCUUUGUAACGAACUUCGACUUUAAAAAACGAGCAACUUUAGGGGGACUUUCCGCCUCCACCACACGCGAUAGCAGCAAUAUGAGCGGCAUUAAGGUCGUUUCGGAGCCGGACGAGGCCACGCUGACAGAGAUGGGGGUGAGAAAUUGGCCCAAGUGGGGCUGUGAACCCUCAGAGUUCCCUUGGACAUACGGAGAAGCUGAGACCUGCUACAUCUUGGAGGGUAGCGUGACAGUCACGCCGUCGAAUGGCCAGCCUGUGACCGUGGGCGCGGGAGACUUGGUCACCUUCCCUGCGGGCAUGAGCUGCGUAUGGAAAGUAAGCAAGGCCAUCAACAAACACUACAAAUUCCACUAGUCACUCUUCCGCGCUCUUUCAGGAAGGCGCAGCUUGAAGUUCGGCAAUUGUCAGAUUAUCUAUGCGUAGAAUUUUUGAUAAACAGACGGUGGCGCAAAAUUAUGCAAUGAUGGAAUGAAAGAGAUGAGCGUAUACCCUGAUCAAUAUCUACAACGUAAAAGGAAUCACCAUUGGAAGA